UUGUGUGUUCUCCUCAGAGAACAUGGAAACCAGCUAAUAAGAAUCACUUGGUGCUGGGACUGUGGACUGUGAAGGAGCCAUGGACACCUUUUGACCGAGAGAGAGAGGGAGAGAGAGAGGGACAGAGAGAGGGAGAGAGAGAGAGGGAGAGAGUGAGGGAGAGAGAGAGACACCCUCACAGACGGCUCAGAAUGAGAGAAGAAGAGUAGCUGACAGAAGUAGAUGAACCAAAGGAGCACAAAAGCAGACCAAAAAAACAACAAAGUUAGCUGCCAGCGCCCGUUGCCGUGGUAAUGGCGGGCUGGUUGGGGCGUGUGUCGUGGGGGGAUGCGUGGUAUGGCCUCUACUCCCGUGUCCUCCGCACCAAGCCCAUCGGGGUCAUGGGUCAGGGGUCAGAUAUCACGGAGCUCACGGAGGGGGCAGGGGCGGGGCUGGCCAAGGUCCUGACAACCGUAGACCUGGUGUCGCUAGGCGUGGGGAGCUGUGUUGGCACGGGCAUGUACGUGGUUGCUGGGUUGGUUGCCAAGGCGAUGGCUGGGCCCGGCGUCAUCCUGUCCUUUUGUAUUGCAGCGUUUGCCUCCAUCUUGUCAGGAGUGUGUUAUGCAGAGUUUGGGGUGCGUGUGCCCAAGACCACAGGCUCCGCCUACACUUACAGCUAUGUGACAGUGGGCGAGUGUGUGGCGUUUUUCAUUGGUUGGAACCUGAUCCUGGAGUACCUGAUUGGCACAGCCGCGGGGGCGUCGGCCCUCAGCAGUAUGUUUGACUCUCUGGCCAAUCACAGCAUCAGCAACUACAUGAUAACUCACCUGGGCACGCUUCGAGGACUGGGUAAAGGGGAGGAGUCCUACCCAGACCUGCUGGCCCUGCUGAUAUCCCUGGUCGUCACGGUGAUCAUAGUGCUGGGGGUACGUAACACGGUGGGCUUCAACAACGUUCUGAACGUUGUCAACAUGGUGGUCUGGGUCUUCAUCAUCAUUGCCGGACUGUUCUUCGUUUCCGCCGGCAACUGGGAAGGAGGCCGGUUCCUUCCUUACGGCUGGUCAGGGGUGAUGCAUGGAGCAGCCACUUGUUUCUACGCCUUCAUCGGCUUUGACAUCAUCGCCACGACGGGGGAGGAGGCCAAGAACCCGAACACGUCCAUCCCCUACGCCAUCACCGCCUCGCUCAUCACCUGCCUCACUGCCUACGUCUCCGUGAGUGUGAUCCUGACUCUGAUGGUCCCGUCUGAUCUGAUCGAUGGCUCCGCUCCCCUGAUGGAGAUGUUUGCGGUCCACGGCUUCCUGGCUGGUAAAUACGUGGUGGCGGUGGGCUCCAUCGCAGGACUGACCGUGUCUCUGCUGGGCUCCCUCUUCCCCAUGCCCAGAGUCAUCUACGCCAUGGCCAGAGACGGGCUGCUCUUCAGGUUCUUGGCCCACGUGUCUCCGCUCACACACACGCCGGUGGCGGCGUGUGUGGUGUCUGGUUGCCUGGCAGCAGUGAUGUCCCUGCUGGUGAGCCUGAGGGAUCUGAUAGAGAUGAUGUCCAUUGGCACCCUGCUGGCCUACACCCUGGUGAGCGUCUGCAUCCUUCUGCUACGCUACCAGCCCGACACACACAUCGACACGCACCACUUCCUGUCCCCGGAGGGCGACGACGAGGGGCCCACGGAGAAGGAAGGCGUUCUGGCCGAAAACACCGACGGAGCCACGCCCACUAACGAUGACCAGAUGCUGAUUGACGACCCCGACGGCUCCUCUUAUCACGCGGGGGGGGCGGGCGGCGAGGCCGACGGGUCAGACUUCCACAGCGGCCCGUCCUCCCUGCUGAAGAGGAUUCUGGGUAAUCACUACUACCCCCUGCGCGUGAGGCUGGGGGUCCCUGAUGCCUCGGCCCGCCCCACGCCAGCCUCGGGGCGCACUGUGACGCGCUGCACCCUCCUCCUCUUCCUCCUCUCCUUCCUCCUCUGGGCCAUCAUCAUCUUCGGCGUGGAGCGAGGGGUCGGCGCCGGCGCGGCGGUGGCAGGCCUGGUCGCGGCCGCGUUGGCCUGCGCCAUGGCGACGCUGCUGGUGAUGAUCCUGCGACAGCCGCAGAGUGGGCAGAUCCUUCCCUACAUGGCGCCGUGCGUGCCGUUUGUCCCCGUGGCGGCCAUCUUGGUGAACUCGUACCUCAUGCUCAAGUUGUCCCCCCUCACCUGGGCCAGGUUCGCUGUCUGGUGCUCUAUAGGUGUGCUGAUCUAUGGUUGCUAUGGGAUAUGGCACAGCUCUUUGGAACUCAGCGCCAAAGAGGAGGAGGCUCACGCCAGCACCUACCAGCGCUAUGACGACCACCUCGACGACAACUUCACCCCCGACGAUGACCUGUACCCCAACGACAACCAGGAAGAUGGACAGUACCAGGGCUGGUCCGCGCCCGAAGAGAGAGGUCACCAUUACCAACUUUCAAACCAGAACCAGGGAGCCGAUCAAUCCGAGAACCAAGAUGGAGACCAGUACCAGCACGAUUCAGAGUACCAGAACCAGUACGAGGAGGGCUCCGAGCAUGGGUACCAGUCAGGACCAGCAGGUCAGUACUCAUCUGGAAGGUCUGGGGGACGAGCCAAUCCUGGCUUCGAUCCACAGGAAGGGGAGUACUAACUACCUGAGACACACACCACUUCCUGUUUACUGAAUGCUCUCAUGCACACCUGGCUGUAGCUGACCUCACUAAAUGAACAACCUGAUUGUGAGUUAAUGAAGCGAAAGACUAAUACUAUUGUAUAUAUAAAAUAGUAUAAUAUAAUUUAUGCAUAGUCAUUAUAUGAUACAAUUACAGAACUCUGUCCAGAGCAUCAUAACUGGUAAUGUGCUCUCUGAAUGAGAUCAAGACCAUUUAAAACAGAUUAAACAUUUUUGGGUUUGUAGUUGACUAUGUUUUUGUGAUAUAAAUUAUGGCGAGAGAGUACAUGAAUGUAUUAUAAUAAAAAUUCUGUAUUGUCAGACAGUGU